UAUUCGCUUUCUCUCUCCCACUCGCAGUUUCUCUCUCUACAAGUACCAAUUCCCUUUUCCUCAUUGGGUUUGGCAGAGAUUCAUUCCUCUCAAGUUCAACACACUGCAGCAGUAGCGAGUGAGAGUGAGUAAGAGAGAGAGAGAUGAUUACAUGGCACGAUCUCUACGUUGUGCUAACGGCGGUGAUUCCGCUCUACGUGGCGAUGAUCCUCGCCUACGGCAGCGUGCGGUGGUGGAAGAUCUUCACGCCGGAUCAGUGCUCCGGAAUCAACCGAUUCGUCGCAAUCUUCGCGGUUCCGCUGCUGUCGUUCCAUUUCAUCUCUAAAAACGAUAUCUACACGAUGAAUUUCCGAUUCAUCGCGGCGGAUACGCUGCAGAAGAUCGUGAUGCUGGUGGUGCUGUCGCUGUGGGCGAAUCUCACCAGCAACGGCAGCCUGGAGUGGUCGAUAACGAUUUUUUCGCUCUCCACGCUUCCGAACACGCUGGUGAUGGGGAUUCCGCUGCUGAUCGCGAUGUACGGCGAGUACGCUGGGGAUUUGAUGGUGCAGGUGGUCGUGCUGCAGUGCAUCAUCUGGUACACGCUCCUCCUCUUCCUCUUCGAGUACCGCGGCGCGAAGAUGCUGAUUAUGGAGCAGUUUCCGGAGACUGCGGCGUCGAUUGUCUCCUUCAAGGUGGAAUCCGACGUCGUCUCUCUCGACGGGCAGGAUUUCCUCGAGACCGACGCGGAGAUCGGCGGCGACGGGAAGCUGCACGUCAGGGUGAGGAAAUCCAGCGCGUCGCGGCGGUCGUUCUCCGGCAUUACGCCGCGGCCGUCGAAUCUGACCGGCGCGGAGAUUUACAGCUUGAGCUCGUCGCGGAAUCCGACGCCGAGGACCUCCAAUUUCAACCACUCCGAUUUCUACUCGAUGAUGGGGUUCGGAGGGAGAUUGUCGAAUUUCGGCAACUCCGACACCGGAAGGCUGUCGAAUUUCAAUGUCGGUGAUAUGUGCUCGGUGCAGUCGUCGAGAGGGCCGACGCCGCGCCCCUCCAAUUUCGAAGAGAAUUGCGCGCCGGGAGGGCUGAUGACUUCUCCUAGAUUCGGAUACUAUCCGCCGCAGCCCGCGGUUCCAACUUCUUACCCUGCUCCCAAUCCCGAAAUCGCCUCCGCCAUGCCUAAAUCCGCGAAAUCUCACCACCAACCACUCAAUAACAAGGCUAACAAUCACGACGCGAAAGAGCUUCAUAUGUUCGUAUGGAGCUCGAGCGCGUCGCCGGUGUCCGAGGUCGGCGGCGGCGGCGGCCUCCACGUCUUCGGCGGGAACGAUUUCGGCGCUUCCGAGCAAUCCGGGAGGUCGGAUCAAGGCGCGAAGGAAAUCAGGCUAUUGGUCACCGAUAAUCCCCAAAAUGGGGAGACCAAAGCCGUUCCGCAAGGUGGGGAGUUCGUUGGGGAAGACUUCAGCUUCGGGCGAGGAGAGAGAGAUCACGGAGAUGAUCAUCAUCAUGUGAUGAGAGAAAAAGACGUUCCCCACAGGCUGUCGAAGCUGGGGUCCAGCUCCACCACCGAGCUCGACCCCAAGGCCGCCGCUGCAGGCGCCGCCGCCACCAACAAACACAUGCCGCCCGCUAGCGUGAUGACACGUCUCAUCUUGAUUAUGGUCUGGCGCAAGCUCAUCAGAAACCCCAACACCUACUCCAGCCUCAUUGGCCUCAUUUGGUCUUUGGUCGCUUACAGGUGGGAUGUGCACAUGCCUAAAAUCGUGGAAGGGUCGAUCGCCAUCCUCUCUGACGCCGGCCUCGGCAUGGCCAUGUUCAGCUUAGGUCUGUUCAUGGCCCUUCAGCCUAAGAUAAUCGCCUGCGGUAACUCGGUGGCGACCUUCGCCAUGGCCGUGCGGUUUCUGACCGGCCCCGCCGUCAUGGCCGCAGCCUCCAUCGCCGUCGGCCUCCGCGGCAGCCUUCUCCACGUCGCGAUUGUGCAGGCUGCGCUUCCACAAGGAAUAGUUCCGUUUGUUUUUGCCAAAGAGUACAAUGUUCAUCCAGCAAUUCUCAGCACUGCGGUCAUUUUCGGAAUGCUGAUCGCCCUCCCAAUCACUCUGGUCUACUAUAUUCUCCUAGGACUAUAAGAUUUUAAUCGAGGAGGAACAAACAAACGGUGUCGUUUCAUAUAAUUUUUGACUUGGAUGAUGAUCCCCUGCUUCCUGGUAUAAAUCCGAAGUGGAAAUGGAGGGAAAUGCGGUGAUUGGUCGGCUGCGGAGGGGGCGCAAAUGCAGAGGAAAACAGGGGGAUUAAAGAAGGCAGAGAUAACCUAAAUUAUUAUCUUAGUCUCGUCUUUUUGCAAUGGGAUUUCAAUUUUUAAUCUCUCUUUUUUGGUUUGUUAAUAUUUUUUUGUAAUUUAUCGUUUUGUGGAAGGGGAGAAGAAUAGUUCUUUUCCUGUAGCGUUUCCAUUUGUUUUGAUCAUUAUUUUACUGUUUUGUUUAGGGCAAUUACUUUUGCUGUGUUUGUGUUUUGUCGUUUAUUUGACACGGUGUAAAUUACUUUUAGGAUGACUAAUGAUAAUUAUUCCAAUA